GAUCGAGCUGUCAACCACCCGAAGCAAAUGCUGAGCCCGCGUUCAAACAGAGGGAUUUCUCUCGGAAAGUUGUGUAUGAUGAUCGGAUGGUCUGCAGGCACUUCUGGGCUCACCUCGUGUGUGUGUGCCUUAGAUUAGAAAAACGGCGAAAAAUGUUCGGAGUGCCACUGCCUUGCCUGCUGAACCGGAUGAACUGCUCCGGUUUUAUUCAGUUUAGGGUUCUGCUAGAUAAAAGGAUGCCCCGACCCAUGACAGUCUUUGCUCCCUUCCCUCCCUAAUCAUCGUUAGUGGUACACAACAAUGGAAAAGUUUGAUAGCGCUCUCGGGAGUGCCUCUCAGUACGCAGAAGCCGUCCAUGCCUCGCGAGCAGCUAUACCGAAGACUUCUGAGGACUAUGAUGAAAGGAAGAAAGGUUCAUUAAUUGCUCGAGGCAUUGAAGGAAUUCGUGCCCAGAUGAGACGUGGACGACCUAUCACCGCUGGCCCUCUUCACACAUUGUCCGCCCUGCUCGAUGCGGUCGAGACUCAGUCGAAGAAAACCGAAGGUCUUGACGAUCGAAAGAUGGCGCUUGAGUAUGGUCUGACCCUUCUCUCGCGCCUUCCAAAAGACAAUAUCUCUAACGAACUCGAGCACAAGGCCAUCACACUCCUCUAUCGUGAUCUUCCCCACCCACCCUCCACUCAAAUGGGACCCGGGUAUCAAUUUCGAAGUGCUGAUGGUUCAGGGAAUUCUCCGUUCGAUCCUCAGAUGGGCAAGGCUUUCAGUUCAUACUCGAGAAGCUGCACGAGCACGCGAGCAUUGCCUCCGAAUGAACUUCCCGAUCCUGGUUUGGUAUUCGACUGUUUAAUAAAGCGCGACAAAUUCGUUCCUCAUCCAGCCGGUCUUAGUGGCUUCUUCUUCAAUUUUGCUACGACCGUUAUUCAUUCAGUCUUCCGCACUUCUCGCGUUGACUGGAACAUCAACGAAACUUCAUCAUACGUUGAUCUCGCUCUUCUUUACGGAAACACCCAGGCACACCAAGACUUUGUCAGACACAAAGAUGGACGCGGACGACUCCUUCCUGAUGUCUUUGCCGAGACGCGUCUCUUAAACUUACCUCUAGGCGUUAGUUCUAUCAUCAUCGUUUUCAAUCGCAAUCAUAACACCGCUCGCCUCAUCAACUCUGCCUCUUAUGCAAAUGUUGUCUUAAGUGACUAUCUUUCCGGUAUCUUGGGGACUGUUCGUGAUGGUUCGAGCUGGACCCUCGACCUUGCUAGCGAGAGACGUGAGACCGACCACACCUUUUUGGAACGUGGUCGUGGCAACUCUUGCUCCGUCGAGUUUAACGUACUCUAUCGACUUCAUCCCGCUAUGUCGGCCGAAGAUGCGGCAUACACUGAAAGAGCGUUCCAGUACCUUUUCGGACCCGAUGCGGACUUUGACGAGAUCACUCCUGACCAGUUUGAGCUUGUCCUCGGCCAGAAGAUUGCACAGGCGAAUGCGGCACGUCGCAAGGACAAAGAUGGCAACUCAAUUCCUGAGCUUAUCAACGAUGGCAAGCCUGCGGAUUACCUGUUGCCACAGUACAAUGUCCCCACUUUCAAGAGGGACCCUAAGACAAAGAGAUAUGAUGAUGACCAGAUUGCAAAUGCAAUUCUGAGUGCUAUUGCAGCACGGGGUGUGCCUGGUGUCAUGCGCGUCAUUGAGAUGCUGGGUAUAAUGCAGGCACGUAAUUGGGGUUGCUGCACCUUGAACGAGUUUCGUCGCUUCUUGGGACUCAAACCUUAUGCGACUUUUGAGGAAUGGAACCCUGACCCCGACGUAGCCGAAUGUGCUCGCAAAAUUUACCGCACGCCAGAGAAUCUGGAACUUUAUGUUGGUCUAGUUGCCGAAGAGUCUAAGCCCGUUAUGGAUGGUGCUGGUUUGUGCCCGAGCUACACAAUGUCUCGCGCAAUCCUUGCUGACGCCGUCGCGCUCGUCCGUGGCGAUCGCUAUCUGACGUAUGAUUUCACGCCUUUCAACCUCACUGCAUGGGGCUUCACCGAGGCUAAUCGCAAUGUGGACAAUGCUGCGUUUGGGGGUGUCCUUGGGCGACUCAUUGCUCGCGCCCUUCCCAAUAACUUCAAUGAUUCGUCCGUGUGGACGCAUUUUCCUCUCAUCACCCCUACUGGACAGCCUCACUCCAUGGAUAAAGUCCUCUCUCGAUUAGGCCUCGCCCAGUAUUAUACUCUAGAGAGGCCCACUAAGAAGCCAGGGACACAAGUGGUCGACACGGCCAAAGCUGCGUCGGCUAUUCUCGGCGGAUCUGUGCAGGGGAAACUUGUUACGCCUUACCUGCAGAAUAUCAAGGAUGUUACGCUUGGCUCCAGCUUCCUGUCCCACAUCGAUGAUCCGGACGCAUUCAAUACGGCGCGAGAGAACAUCCGUAAUGCCAUCGUGCCUGAGGACAGCCUCGAUGCCACUGCCAAGUGGUUCUCCGACAAAGCAAUUGAACUUCUUAAGCACAAAUCACAGGGUCUCGUCGGUAACAAGAAGCGCUAUGUCGAUGUUGUCAAGGAUGUGUUCCGACUUGUUCCCGUCCACUGGUUUUCUGUUGUUGUAGCAGGCUUGCCCCUUAAGACCAUGGAGGAGCCGCACGGGAUCUACUUUGAGCAGCAGAUGUAUCAGUUUUUCGAAGAAUUCUACACCUUCAUUUUCUUUGACGCUGACACUUCUAUGAAGAUUCCCAAUCAUUUCGUAGCCAACUCCACGAUAGUCGGGGCUCUCGGGCAAAUCUUUUUGGGCAACCCGAAUCAAAAGAGUAACCCUAUUUUGGUUCGCUCAUUGAGUCUGAGAGAAUCGCCGAAAAGGCUCAACAAAGGGAAUGCCUCUGAAGUUGCCGAUGAAAUCUUGGCUGUCAUUGCGUCCUCAUCCACUGAGCUCUCUCAGAUCUUCACCCAUGUGCUGAAUUUCUAUCUGGCGCCCAACAAGCCCAGCACGCUUGACCCUCCGGAGGUGCAGGAAGCUUACAGGGAAGCUGGGGCGCUUCAGGCGAAAGUCAUUUCAGUUGCUACGAGCGACUCGCCCGAUUCAGCUGCUUUGUUGGAAGGUUAUGCUCGCGAGGCCCUUCGUCUUGACCCUGUCAUCGAUGGACUCUACCGUGUGGCUACAGAGGAUGGUGCCAUUGGACCCAUUACCUUUAAACAGGGUCAACGUCUCUAUCUAGACAUUCGCAAGAUCGGACGCGAUGAAAACCUCUUCCCCAACCCAACCGAGAUCGAUCCUACCCGACCAGCUGACAAGUAUUCCAUCCUUUAUGGUGAUGGUGUUUUCAAGUCUCUCGGCGAGAGAUUCGUGUGGAAGGUCACGGGUCAGGUUCUCAAGGCUGUCUUCUCAUUGAAGCAGGUGAAACGUACCAAAGGUCCUGCAGGAUCUUUGCGAAGAUUCGAAGUUCCUCAACACAAUCCUGACGACGAGGUCACAUCCACCCAACGUACCAGAGAAAUUAAGGAGGGCACCUUCGAAGACUACUAUGAAUAUUAUGUGACGCCUGUGAACGCUGACCAUGCAUUCCGGUACAGCUAUUUGGACGUUGAAAAUGACCACCGCUUGACGGCUUGCGCAACCGGGUUAUCUCUCGAAUAUGACGUCUAAAAAAUAUCGCAAUAUUGCAUCUUCAUUUACAUAAUUGCCAGAUCUCCUUGAUACCCUUAGUACAAACUAUAUAUUUAUGUGUUGCUGUCGUACAGUCGGAUUAUACUCGGAAUGGAGCGCUUCGAAAUGUUGCGUAUACACUGGACAAGCAAGCAAAGUGAGCCGGAAGUUGCCCCCGGGGAAGAACAGAGCAUGAUUUGGCCAUGCAGAAUUCAGAGAGCAAUGAUUAAUAGCCUGAUGUAUCGCCCUAUCGAUCUACAUCCAUGGAACUCGCGACACUAUCUUGAGUUUUAUCUGGAUCACCAACUUCACCUCUUUCCAUUUCCCUCGAUGACCUCUCCCGUGAAAUGGAUCUUGAGCUUUGUGACAAUCUUUCGUCAUCGUCAUCAUGCAGACUAGACGC